UGAUUUAAAGAAGUAUGCAUUCGUUGGCCAUCACAAAGAAGAAGUGGUUCCUAAUGGGAGUCAUCACAGGAGUCAUACUAUCGCUAUUUGUGAUGCCAUUCAUUGAAGAUUGUCAUCAACUAAAUGUGGAACCGUUAAGUAAUGACAACAUUGCCAGUCAUAACUGGUAUGAGAUGGUAGUCAACAGUGAUUUCAGACCAGUUGUUCAUUUGAUACCAAACCAAAGUCGCCCAUUGAUUGAUAGCAAUCAUAUAAGUAGUCCAAAAGUUUUUCGCCAUAAAUAUUAUGCAACAGAACUUAAUAUAAAAGAAAAACUGUUGAUUUGUGUCCAAUUGUCUGGUGAUAACCGCAAUGCCUUCAACUCAUAUCUAUUAAAUGAAACGAUUAGACAAUUGGCUGACAAAGUGAUGGUCUUCGACACAAACUCGAGGACAACAGUGACUCCGAAAGACAUUGAUUUCGGCGAUUCUAUAAUACAAUUAUAUACUGAAUCAACUGAAGUGCCACUUAUAAGACAUAAAGCAAAGAAUAAAUAUUUUAAUUCAUAUCAACUUAAUGACGAUUCUAGUGAUGACCAACUGAUCCCAAAUUUACUCAACUUUACCAUUAUUUACUCAUCUGUGACCAUAUAUCCAGUCAUUUCAAUGGAUACUUACUAUAGAUUGCAACUAAUUUUGUGCCAAAAAUCAAUUAAUAAGACGACCGAAAAACUUGAAUCAAUUGAAAGGCAAAUAAUUACCUCAAAUGAUAAUCGAUCCGUUGAAUGGCCAGUAGGUGUAGUGAUGGCUCUUAAGCCGACCAAUAGGUUUGAUGUGAAUCGUUGGUUGUAUUUCAAUGAAUCUCAUUCACUAAUGCCUAAUGACUUUGAUAUUAGUCUACCAUUAAAUGCCAUCGAAAGUCUUGAAAUGUCACAAAUUAAGUUACAUUGCAUUGAAUGGAUUGAAAAUAAAUAUAAUAUACUUAUGAAUGAAGAUAAUUAUCAAAUUAUAAAUAUAUAUAAGAAAUUUGAUGCAAUUCGUGGCACUGAAUAUUUAGUGGAUUUUAGUUUAACUGCUUUUCCUAACAUUAAAAGACUACAAAUAAUCAAACCGUUUAAUAAAAUUGAAUUAAUAUCAGACGUGCCUUACGUUACGGAAAGUGUUAGAAUUGUUUUGAUUUUAGUCGUCAAAAGUCGUGAAGAAAUUGAUCUGACAUUAGAUUUCUUGAAUCAAUACUCUAAUACAUGUCUGAAGAAGUCGAGUCAUCGGACAGUACUUAUUAUAGUAUUAAUGUAUAGAAAUGAUUAUACAAUCGAUGAUUAUUUGCAAAUCAAAGGUGAAGCGCAACAAUUGCAAUAUAAAUACAACAAUUUUGGCGCAAAGAUUGUAUCGAUUCCUAUAAGAAGUGCCAAAGUUGAUAGAGUUGCCACAGAAAUAGCUUAUUUGGAUCUAAUUGUCAAAAAAUUGACUCAAACUUUUAUGGAGGCACUGGUAGUUCAUUGCCGACCAAAUAUGAUACUAAGUCUGGAUUACUUGAAUCGCAUCCGACUAAAUACCAUUCAAUCAAAUCAAGUGUUUUUUCCGAUACCUUUUGUUGAAUAUCGUCUUAGAAGUCAAGUAAAACCACUUAAGAAUUUUGACGUUCGCAAAGAUAAAGGAUUCUUUGAGACAACAAAUUACAAUCAUUUUUCAUUUUAUUUAUCUGAUUAUAUAAAAGCUCGCAAAUUAUCUCAAAGAUUACUACCAAUUGUGAGAAAUGAACAGUUCCUCAAACGAGACAUCUAUUACUCAUCAGAUAUCGAUGUCUUCAACUUAUUUGUUAAUUAUAACAAACAAUUUGAUAAAAAUACAAAUGAUUUUAUAAAUAGUUUAUUUAUAAUGAGAGCGAUUGAACCAGAAUUGAGAUUAAAACACAAGAGCUAUACUCACGAUUGUCUCUAUUAUGAGAGCAAUACAAAUGCCAUUGAAAACUGUGUGAAUCGUAGUGUCAUAGGAUUGGGGACCAAAUCGCAGUUAGCAGCUCUUGUUAUCGAUGACAACAAGAAAGAGGCACAAGAAGUCAAUGAUAAUGACGAUAAUAUCAACAUUUUUAGAUGA